UAACAACGAAACCUGUCAUGGAACUGGCUGGAAAGAAGAAUUUUCAUUCUGAGUGAGAAAUUUGGAUGUUUAAGAAUGUAUUUUUUUAUUUUUUAAAAAAUAAAUGGGAUCCUACACUUAGUGUCCUUCUUCCGGAAUUGGAGAGAAAAGUUGUGAUGCUAAAAUGCCUUGCUGAGAAAAACUUCUGAAGAUAUAGUCAAAGGACUCAGGGCCAAAGUUCUUCUCUUUUUUUCAUGGCUGAAGAUUUGUUUUCAGUUUCACUGUUCAACUAUUUUAAAUGAUGAAAGGUAAAAGAUGUUACAGAGUAGUCCAAAGUAUCUGGCAAUGCCAAAUACAGACCUCAGGACUGCAACACUCAUCUUCAGUCCACCCAAAAUUGUUCCUUGCAGUUGAACUGAAUCAGCAAUAUGACUUGGCAGUCAGAGCUGGGUGUAGGGUAACAAAUUAAUUCAAUUAGUUCUGCCACCAUCAGAGAUGUUGGCCCUCACUUUUCACCUGUCACACCACAACACCUAGAGACCAGUGAGUGGGGACGCACACAGAGCUGUGCUGAACCAUGUCAAAAUUGCAGAGAUGCUUCGGUCCCUGCUUAACUGUGCGAACUCCCAUUUAUGCAUGUAUUAGGUUUUCACUGCCUUUGCCUGUUCCUCUCCCCCCUCUGCUUUUUCAUGUUCAGUGGAUUCUCCUCUCUGUGUCUCUGCCUCCCUUUCUCUAUUUUUUUCCUCCCUAUUGUUCUCCACGUCACUAACUGUCACUCACUUCAUAAAGCCGUCUGGCUUGGAGCUUAAAUAUUGCAGGGCAACUAAAACCCACCAUCAGAGCCAAUUCAGUCAUAUCUGCUCAGUCGUGCGACAAGAUCGGGACUUUUAGGGUAGGGAAGAAGAGAGACAAAAGUUCACUCUUUCCUGCACAGUGCCAAGAGAGGAGGGGGACACAUUUCUUCGGUGGAGCCUUUCACAGCGGCAAGUUGCUUGCUCAACGUCCUUAACCUAUACAGUCUUUUUUGCUGGUAGCCUGCUCAGGUUGCAACGUCUGGAAACGCAGGGUGGGGGUUUGCAACAAGCCCAUGUGAGUUAAGAACAGGAGUCUGUUGGCUCUGAGUGGGCUUAGGCAGUCUUUCCUCAUGACAGGCAAUUUAAGGGAAAAGGUGACUGCCUAAAUUCCUGGCUUGCACCUUUUUUUUUGAGACUUCAGGGGGCUGACUGCUUACAGGUGGGAUCCCAGAUGUUUGAACUGGUUGUACCACUCAUCUUCAGUCCACCCAAAAUUGUUCCUUGCAGUUGAACUGAAUGAGUGACCUCAAACCACUUCACUUGCGGAAAAUAGAGAGGAUGCUCAUGACAGAUUUUUGAAAAACGUGACUAGUUCGGAAGUGAUUCCAGGAAGAGCUUAGCCAAAUGUAGCAGGCUGCAAGCGAGACAUUUGAUGGGGUUAGACAGGAAACAUUUUUCCUUCUCUUGUACAGUGAGUUUUCCGUAUGAUAAGGUUUAUCACAUCUAGAAUGUUGCUCUUGUGUGCUGCAGUGGAAACAUUCAAAUGGUAGCUGUGGAUAUCAGCAUGGCUCACAAAGAAAGAAAGGGAUGGAGUUAUCUGCGGUGCCUGGGGGACAAUGAUGUUUAUAUUGUGUGUAGUCGUGUUUUUUACAGAGUUGCACAUGAUUGGUAACUGUCGGGUGUACUUUGCUCUGUGAAUUUGCAGAAAGAGAAUGUUUAAAUCAGUUUAGAUAAUGUAUGUAAACAGCAUAAUCUUCUGCUAGACUUGUUAAUGUAAGUGCUGACAUUAACACACUCUUUUACACAACUUUAAUGACUGAGAAAGUAGCAAUUUUCUUUGGUGAUUAAAUUAUAUGUUUGCCGCUUACGCAUGCAAGGUGUUUGUGCAAGCUGAAGGACUGCGUUCUGCUCUUUGUUUUCUAACACGGGUGUCUGGGGUUGAAAUUUUACAAGGUUUGAAGGCAAGGAAAAUGAGUCCAUCUUGUUUUAGAAAAAUGACAUCAGAAAGAUUUUUUUUUUUUUUAAAUGUUGAAAAUUUGUGAAAUUCCCCAGAGCUGUAGAACUCUCAAUAUUUUGUGUGUUUGUCUAUGUGUGAAUACGUACACACAGUAGUUGAAACAGACUGGUAUGCGUUGGUGUGCCGUAACAUAUGGCAUUACAAAUAUAUCCCCGUGGUAUCUGAAGGAGGGAAGAAGUUUAGAUACUCAGAUUUCCAUGGUGUUGACUGUGCCUUCUUUUUCCCAUCACUUCUGUAUGCGUGUCUGCAUUUAGGAAACUAUAGAUGGAGGUAGUAUCUAAGAGAUAAACUUCUAGAUCCCUAUGAACAGCUAUUUUAUGAAUAAUGUUCCCUGUUUCACUUGUUAUGGUCUAUAAGUUGAUCUUUCUGGAUCACUGUAAUAUUCUACAUUCCUCAGAGACUUCAGACUGCUGUGAUGUGUUAAAUCAGGCCAUCCCAAACAAGUUUCCUCUUUAUUUUCCUCAUUCAUAGAUUUUUCCUUGCCUAAAAUUAUAUAGUGGGAAGUUUGGGAUGCACAGGAUGAAAUCCUGUCUUAGGAAUAAUUUCUUGUCAUUAAAAAAUAACAACACAUGUAAUGUUUGACUUGCAUUACUUGAAAUUGGCAAUAGGAUACCUGUAGGUGGCUUCCAGCUGAGAUAGCAGCACUGACAUUUUAGAGAGAAAAUAGGAUUUUAGGCACCAGUUACAGACCUUUGUGUUCGCCUCCAGCUUGGUUCCAAUGUCAGUGUGGCAACUGACUUCAGAAGAGGAUACAAGGAAUAACCCCAAUAACCUUGAAUAAUGAUAUUGUAUGUAAUUUAUACUAUAUAGCAAAACUAGUAUAUAUGGUAGUUAUUAAGUUUAUACAACAUUACUAACAUAGUAAUGAUGUUGUUAUUGCUAUUCGUACCUAACAGAGUGAUUUCUAAUGUAGAAUUAAUAUUUGCAACCUAUAGAGAAUUCAGGUUCGUGUAGGUGCAAGAUGGGCACCAGUUCAAGAUCUCCUUGACCCGUGUGUGGUUCUGCUGCAGAAGAGCUUGGGUGCUUGAAACCUUCACUCUCUUUUCUAACCGCUGCAGCUGCAUGCUGAUAAAUCUGUUCUACUGUACUGCUGGCGUGUGUUUGUACGUGUACAAAAUCUAAGCAGGCUCAUGCAAUGAAGCCUACAAGGCACCACAGAAGACUCUUACCUGGAAAAAGAGUUAAAUAUCCUCCCCAGCUGAAAAGUAAUUGCCCAUUUAGAGUCAGGGAAUAAAGAUUUUAGCAAGCAGUUUGCUCUGACUUCCCAGCCCUCCUUCUGCUAAUAAAUCAUUGUGAUCAGGCAAAUAAGCAAGCACAGAAGCAACCUUCUUUCCGUUCUCAAAGCGUAUUAGGGAAAUACUAGCUAAAAGCAACAACAGGCAUCAGUGGGAAAACCUGAAAUCUUUUAAAUUUAGCGUAAUUUGUGGUCAUUCUCUUUCUUUUUUCUUUCCUUAGACAGUAAGAAAUGGGUGACUGGAGUUUCUUGGGGAACAUUUUAGAGCAGGUGAACGAGCAAUCCACUGUCAUCGGGAGAGUGUGGCUCACAGUGCUCUUCAUUUUCCGCAUCUUGAUCCUGGGAACAGCUGCCGAACUCGUGUGGGGAGACGAACAGUCAGACUUUGUGUGCAACACCCAGCAACCCGGUUGCGAGAACGUCUGCUACGAUGAGGCCUUCCCCAUCUCCCACAUCCGGCUCUGGGUCCUGCAGAUCAUUUUUGUAUCCACGCCUUCGCUAAUGUACUUUGGGCAUGCUGUGCAUCACGUCCGCAUGGAGGAGAAGAGGAGAGAGAGAGAGGAAGCUGAGAAGCGACAGCAAGCUGAGAUGGACGAAGAGAAGCUGCCCCUGGCUCCAAAUCAAAACAAAGGCAACAACCCUGAUGGGACCAAGAAGUUUCGCCUGGAGGGUACCCUCCUGAGAACCUACAUCUUCCACAUCAUUUUCAAAACCCUCUUUGAGGUGGGAUUCAUAGUAGGUCAGUAUUUCCUGUACGGCUUCCGAAUUCUCCCCCUUUACCGCUGUGGGCGGUGGCCCUGUCCCAAUCUUGUGGACUGUUUUGUCUCCAGGCCCACGGAGAAGACCAUCUUUAUUAUGUUCAUGCUGGUGGUGGCUUCUGUGUCCCUCUUUCUCAACCUGGUGGAGAUCAGUCACUUGAUCUUGAAACGGAUCCGGAAGGCUCUGAGAAGACCAGCGGAGGAACAGAUUGGGGAGAUCCCGGAGAAGCCCCUCCCUGCCAUCACAGUCACCUCCAUCCCAAAAGCCAAAGGCUACAAGCUGCUGGAAGAAGAGAAGCCAGUGUCCCACUAUUUCCCUCUCACGGAAGUAGGGGUUGAGCCCAGUCCCCUUCCAUCAGCCUUCAAUGAGUUUGAGGAGAAGAUUGGGAUGGGACCAUUGGAAGAUCUCUCCAGGGCAUUCGAUGAGAGGUUACCAUCGUAUGCACAAGUGAAGGAACCGGAAGAGGAGAAGGUAAGAGCAGAGGAGGAGGAGGAACAAGAAGAGGAGCAGCUGGGACCUCGGGAAGAGCCAGGGGUGAAGAAAGUAGAGGAGGUGGUGAGUGAUGAAGUGGAAGGCCCUUCAGCACCUGCUGAACUCGCCACUGAUAUGAGACCCCUCAGCAGGCUAAGUAAAGCCAGCAGCCGGGCCAGGUCAGAUGAUUUGACUGUAUGAAGGUGCAGGAUACAGGCAGCACAUGAAAAGGAAAAAGUUGAAGAGAAAAGGAGAGAUGGAGAAAGAAUCAAAAGAUAUUUUUAAGCAAAGUGCUAAAAUGGUCAUUUGAAUAUCAGAUUCUCAACUAGAGAGGUACUAUCAUGGUAACCGUGCCUUAGUUGCCCUGUAUGCCCAUUUGAAAAGGAACAUUUUCUCUGUUUCCACAUGCCAGAUCACUCCUUACAGUAAUAUCUACACUAUACACAAACUGAUGCAUUUUAAAACCUAACAUGGCAGUGAACCCCAAAUGUCACCACUGUGAACGUAUUUACUGGAAGCUUUGUGUUCCACAUUUCUCUAGGAAGGUAGGGAAGAUCUGUCCCUUCAGCCAGCGAGGGGGAAGACUGAUCAACAACUGUAUUCAGUAUUUCUUUUUCUAUUUCCACCUAUGGCAUGCUGAGCAGAUGUCCCCUUUGCUGUUGGCAUGGAAUUGCAGUUAUUUAAUUCACAAAGUGAAUUCUGUGCUUAGCAUCACCAUGCUAAAAUGGUAAGCACCAUUUCCCUUCUCUUUUCAGGAAAUAAAGGCCAAAAUGUCCCCAGUUUCUCUGUGAAUGCAAAUCUGACUUAAGUAAAAAUAUUUUCCCUUUGCCAAAAAUAUUUCUGCUUUUCAAGUGACAUUGGCAGUGGGCAAGGUUAACAGUAGCUCUCUACUAGGAUUUAGCAGAUGCCCACAGAUGGAUUAUUUGUUCCCAAGAGGGUCAUCCAGCCCUGAGCCUAUUUCAGAGCACUGGAAAGAAUAAAUUCAAGUGGUAUUUUUUACUUAUAUUCUUGUGACUUAAAGAUCUGAAACUCAAUUUAGUGAAGCAAGCGUGGGAAGGCUUCUGUGAAAGGAGGAAACAGCUACAGCCCCCAGAGUAGGAAACCAAGUAUAUGCCUUCAUGGCACAAUCCUGACAUGUGCUCAGUUCCUGGAGCUCCCAGACUUACAGGCACUCAGCAAAUCUCAGGUACAGAGUCCCAAAGGCACCUGUGAACCUAAACCAGGGGGCUGGGUAACUAUGUGACUAUUUGAACCUCUAAAUACAAAACUGGUUGUUCAAGUUUGAAAACUCUGAUGUGAUAAUAAUCUUUUGACAUCCUUUGUUUUUAACUUGAUAGAUAGGAGCCAUCCAGGGGUCUAAUUCCCUAUUAAAUGCCAAAGUCUCAAGUAAAACAAGGCCUUUCAAAAGAUGAUUUAGACCUUUUGUGCCAACGGGUCUGUACAGAACUCUCAGAGCCUCAGCAAAAUCUUUUUUUUGUUACAAAAGGCAGAAAAGCAUUUGCUUGCAAACAUGUAAAUGUCUGUGGAUUUCUAAUUUUAGGACUACAGCAGUACCUUUUGGCUGGGACAGCGCAGCAAUGCGUUCAAAGGCUUCAGGUCAACAGCCAUGUCCCCCCAAAACUGAGCCUCAUGCCAGAAAAGUGCAGGUAUGCACUCUCAUCUGCUCUGCUCUGCAAACCUCAGACCCUGCCAGCUCAGCAAAUUCUUUCUGCUGGGCUGAAGCCCAUCCCAUUGUUCCCAGGGCAGGCUCUAAUCCAGGUCAGGGAAAAAAUGGCCUUUGGCAUAAUGCAUAAAACUCUCAUCCUGCUAUUAGCUAGAAAAGACCCUCUGCGGUCUCCCAUUGUAGCAGGGCUGACUCCCAGCCCAUUGAAGUCCAACGGGUGGCCGAGAGAGCUCUGGGUAGGCUUGGGCUCAAGUCGCCUGUCCUGCUGCCCUGUGUCCCAGCCCCAGCAGCCACCAGUAUGGUCAGGUCCGUCACUCCCUGAUCCAGCCUCUUUGGUGGAGUUUCCCUGCCUUGUUCCACAGCUGCCCUAUAUGAGCGCGAAGUUGGCUAGACUUCACGGCGCAGUGAAGUAAGCUGUACAUAUGUAGAAAGUUUGUAGGGUGCAUUGGGAUUCUUCAGCACCAUAGCGGUGCCACAUAUAUAUUUUUUAAAUAUACUAUUAAUCCUUUUGCUCCCCUUGGGCCUCUGUAUUUUCCCGAGGUUUCCAGCCUGAGGACAAAAUCUUUGCUCUCUGGACAAAGGCUGUUCGGUCGUCCUUCCUUGUGAAGGAAGACUGAAAGUUACCUCCAGACCUUCCAGUUACCUGGAAGUUUUGGGAAGGAAUAUGACAAAGCAACACAUGUAAAGGAACAUGCAGAGAGAGACUCUGGAGCUCUCUUAAUUCAGAAACAGCAGAGCAGUUUACACAAAUGAAAGGCGACUGAGAAAAGAGAAUGUUUUUCAGAAGGAAGAGUCUACUGUGCCCAAUUCAAGAUACUAGAAUUCAAGAAAGGGCAAAGAUUUAGAUGAACAGCAAAGUGCUGUUCAAAAAAAAAACAAAACAGCACUUAAACUAGAUGGGAUCUAGUACUUUUUAUUUUCUUCAUAGAAAGAUAGAGUUUUAACGGUUCGAAGCAUAAACCAGCCCGCUUGUUGAAGGGGGUUGGAAACACUUUUCGGUAGAUAAAAAACAAAUCCUGUAACGGUUCAAUAUGAGGUACCUUUUGCCUUCAGCAUCUGACCCUUCCAGAUACCAAUGUACUGGACUAGAUGAAUCACCCCCACCCUUGUUAACCUCUAAUUACUUGACAAGUCCUUUUACAUACCAGGUAUUUUAAUAACCAUCCUUGUUCCUGACCUCUGACGAGCAUACCUUCAUUAGAUCACUGGACUGCUUAAGAUGAGUGCUUAUUCAUCAGAGGUAUAUGGUUCACAAUAUCAUCAGACGUUGAGUAUGUCAUUCUGUUUCACUGGAGUGCCUCAGUAUAAUGCACUGUAUGCAAGGUACUCAAUGGACACUGUCAUUCUUUCUUCCUCUGGGUCACAACAGCACAAUGAAACAAGCCAGUGUUUUCCUUCUGCAUCCAGUCAACUGCUUGUCAAUUAUUUUUUUUCAAGUACUCUGCCAGGCUGCUGGAGAACCUGUAGCCACCAACUACGAGCCACGGCAUCAAGACAGAUUUUCUCAGCAAACUGAGCAGGGAACUAACAGUCCAAUCUUCUGAUGUUCAGCCUCAUCUCUGCAAUGAAAUCACUGUGGGACUGUCAGCAAGUCAUUCUUCCUUCUUGUACAAUUGGGAAUCACAUUCUACCUCACAAAGACAAUGUGAGGCUUGAUACAUUGUGCUAGUAAUAGAAUGGGAGGUCCUUGGAUGGAAGGCCCUACAGAGGAGCAAAGGAUUAUUGCUAUUUCUGGAUGUGAUAGCAUAUAAAUGUGUUUUAUUCCUUCUCAAUGAGACAAAUGUAAUCAUUUAUUCAAGAAAUUCCUAGUGAAGUUGCAUAACAGCCUCAGAGCUGUGGAUUCAGUGUAUGAUUCUACUAAAAAAUAAUUAAGCAAAACAUAGAUAUGUAUGUAAAGAACAGGGAGAAUUAUCUUCUUGGGAAGGGGGAAGUCACUGGACAAUUAGAGCCAUGCCUGGAUCAUUUAAAGGUGUGUGGACCCUCUUGGCUCUCUGUGCAAAUAAAUUACAAACUGAUCACGUGGCUCUCUGCAUGGAGCAUAAGAUGCAAGUGUCAAAAUCACCAAAGGAGGUGAAAGUAGAAGAGAAAGGUAGUGUCUUAGCUUACAAUAGCAUGUGGGAGUUGGUGUUCUCUAGUGUCUAGAGCAGUGGACCUAGGAUAAUAAUCUUAGAUUUAUUUCCAACUCUGCUGCUGACUUGCUGUGAUAAUCACUUUACCUCUCAGUGCCUGUUUUCUCCACCUGUAAAAUGGGUGUAAGAAUUCCCACCUACCUCACAGGGAUGUUGUGAGGCUUCCUUAAUUCUGUUUGUAAAGUAAGUAGGAAUGAUCUGAUGAAAAGAACUACUGAAAUGCAUGGUAUCUUUGUUAUUUCCUGGCAGAACUGCUAACUUGCUUAAUAUAUGACUCCUUGACCAGAAGGGCAGAAAUUUGAAAAUGUGAAUGCUGCAUUGCACUGACAACGUCAACACAGAUGUGGACUUGCCAUGAGUAAAAAAAACUCCAUUGAUCCCUCACCCCUUUCUCCCAUGUUAGCUUUGGCCUGGCCAUAUGAAGAAGCAGUGACAGUGUGGUUACAUGGACCUCUCUUCUCCAUCCUCAGCAUCCAUUCCGGGGCUGUAUUUGUUCCUAGAGGAGGGUGAAGGUUGGUGGAGGUCUAACCAUUUUAAGGUCUCUGCAAGGCAUGUGGGGGAAGGUGGUAUAGUGCAAAAUAUUGCUGGGCUUCUGUUAUAAAUCACUCAGUGCAAACUCCAAGUAAAUUUUCCAGAGUCUCCAUGGAACAGUUUACAAUUGCUUAUGGCCCACAGAAAAAAAAUCCACCUUUCAUGAAGGCAAACCCACAAAUUAUCAUAUUAUACUGACUCUCUCCUCUAAGUGAGAUAGAUACCAAUGAUCUCUUAGUCUUGAAACACAAUGAGGCACAGAUUCCUCCUCCCGUAGGUAGAGGGGGGAGAAUCUCUGCUCUCUGGGUCUGCGUGGGCAUGAAAUCUACUUACUGAGGGAGGAAAGUCCAGUCUCUCCUGCCACCCAGUAACUCACUGACUGUGCAGUUUUACAUUUAAAGAGCGGCUGUGUCACACAGCACUGAAAAAAGUGGCAGUUUGCUGUUUUGUAUAGAAAAUGGCUUUUCAGGCUAACAACUGAAAGUAAUCCUAGCCUAGGCGCAGUUUUGUUCAGUAAAGGCAGGACCAUCCAUGAGAACUAGACUAAAUCCUUCCUAUAAGCCCGAGGCAGUUGUGAUAAAGCAGUAUAUGGUGCCAGAUUUCCUGAGGGCCGGGGUUGGAUAAAUGAUCCAAAAUCAGUGAACUUCUCUAAGUACCGGAAUAAUUUUUUUCCCCAGCAGAAUGACACUACCAUUUCUUAGGCUCUGUGUGUGCUACACCUUUUAAUAUGGCUCAGGAAAGGCUUUUUGCCAACACCAAAUGUGCUGAUACAGUUGACUAGUAACCAUGGCAAAUAAAUGUGUGUUGACUUGCCAACACGUAGCCUGGCACACAGUCCUUUCCUUGCAACUAGCUUGGCAUGUACCUAUUUCAGCAGAACAGGCAAGACUCACAUCUCUGUCAACAAUUUGAGUUUUUCUCUCAGCAGCUUGAUAUACAAAGAGACACUGAAGCUCUCUUCGUCUUAGAGGGGAGGAGGCUAAGAGGGUGGGGACGUCUAACUGCUGUCUUUGGUUGCCUAAUGGGGAGUUACAAGGAAGAUGGAGCCAGGCUCUCAACAAGAGGUGCACAGCAAAAGAUGAGGCAAUGAUCACAAGGAGCAGCAAGGAAAAAUUUGACUAAAAAAAUCUGACAAGGAAAAAAAAUUGUUCAUAAAGCAGGUGCCCAGAAACAUGGUGGGAUCUCCAUCCUUGAAGGAAGAAGCCUGACUGGGAAAAGCAUUGAGCACCCUGGUCUGAUGUUAGCCUUGUGUUGAGCUUAAAUUUGGACCAGCUGGUCCCUUCCAGCCUGAACUGGAACUAUCCAUCCCAUGGGAGGCUGAAAGCUCAGUGCAGCCACUGUGUGGUGGAACAAUGGGUGUGGGGUACUUUCUGCUUCUCUGGGGUGUUCUGGUAGAGUUUGCUUAGACGGUCCCAGCAGGCAACACCAACUAACUGUGAACCGCAGCAGAGGCCAAUGCACAAACACAGUCAACUGAUAUUUGGUAGCUAGAAAGCGGCUUGAGGCGAGAACCAUGUGUUGUAUAACUGGUUUGGAAAGAGCAUUACAAAUAAAAUAAAAAAAAAAAAAA